GUUGUUUUGUGCAGCGCACCGUCGUUCAUGGAAGCCGAAGAGGCCUUCGAUCGCUCCCUUAGCUCCGGGUCCGGCAUGCCGCCUCACCAACGGAGAAGCCAGCUCCUGGGCUACGUAUUCUCGUCCCCUCUUGUGAGCUGGGGAGAGAAUGGCCGGAUGAAGAGGAUGGAACAGCUGGGCACAUCUGAGGAGCUCAAGAUGAUCAGGAUGAAGCUGAGGGAGUCGGGGCGUCAGAUACGCUUCCGGUCGGAGGUGGCGAAGCCCUCCAACUUCCGGGAGCUCCUGAACAGCGGGUGCAGGAUGCUGCACUACACGGGCCACGGGAACAACGAGUUCCUCGCCUUCGAGUCGAACGACGACCGGAUGUGCGGGAUCAUGGAGCCUCUGCAUGUGGGGCCUCUGAAAAACCUGUUUCAGGCUGGGGGUGUGCAGACGGAGCUGGUGUUUAUCAGCUCUUGUUCCUCGGAGGCUAGCGGUAACGCAUUCGUGGACGCAGGCGUGCCGCACGUGGUGGCCGUCAAGCGGGAGGAGAGCGUGACCGAUCAAGCGGCGCAGCAGUUCGCGAAGCAGUUUUACGACGCCCUUUUGAGUGAGGCCGGGAGCUUUACCGUGCAACAGGCGUUCGACAUCGCCCUCAACACGGUCAACGCCCACCCCCCGUACGCGCGCCCACAGGGAGACCACUUCCUCCUGCUCCCGCACGGCGGAAACCACGACGUUCGAAUUUUCGACACGCUCCCAGAGGGCAGUUUCGUCGACGAGACCCGUGAACCGCCCGCUCGCCCGCGCUGCGCACGGCCGGUGCCGUUCUACCAGGGCCUCGAGGAGCUUCAGAAAGUAGUGGAGAUGCUGGUCGACCCCGUCACGGCGUGCGUAACCGUCACCGGCGAGCACGGAUCCGGCAAGUCUGAGCGGGCCAUCCAGGCCUGCGACUACGUGCGGAUGCGGCACCACUUCGACGCGCUGUGGUGGGCUGAUAUGAAGCAUGCCAUGGCGACGGCCAUCAACUCGAGCGUGUGGUUUUACGAUGACCCUUGCCGGCUGAUUGGGAUUGCCAUCGGCAUGACCCAGCCGGGGCCUAGCUCGGAGGAGGAGCUGGUACGGUUCCUCUUCGAUCGCCCGACGGUGCAGGAAGGACGCACUUGCCAUAAGGUCCUCCUGGUGCUGGAUGACGUGGACUCGCUGUUCGAGGCCGGGGGCGACGCGCGCGACCGCGUCUUGAAGCUCCUCAGCAAUCUGUGCUCCAUGAGCGAGCACCUCAAGCUGCUCGUGACGAGCGAGCAGAGCUUGCAGCGUGACACGAACGAGAGGUUUCGCCACGGUUCGGAAAGGGUGGCCAAGGUGAGGCCUCUGAACGACCGCGAUGCUGCGCAACUCCUUUUGGAUAAGGUCCCGACAAAAUUCACAAAGAAGGAGCUUAGGCUCUCGCUCUCGCACCGCUGCACGCGCGAAGACAUCCUGAAGGCGUUGGAGGCGCACCGGGUUUUGAAGGCUGCGGAGGGGCAUCCGGGAACGCUGUUGAGGCUUGCACCCCUCCUAGAAGACCACAACGUGAACGACGCGUGCGUGCUGGAGAGGGUGACCCAAUGCCGCCUCGAGUACAAACUGGAACCGCAAACGCUGAGAAGGAACCGCGCGAGCUCUAACACCUCCCUGGCGAGCAGCGUGGGGGCCGCCGGCACCGGCAUGGGGGGGGGGGGCGUGGCCUUGCCUAGCGGGGCGAGCGACAUGAGCCUGGGCAACAGCAUGGGAGGGGGGAGGCCUAUGACGCCGACGCAGCCCCACUUCCUGGGGCACGCAAUUAGCCACGACACCCACUUCCAGCAGCAACACAACGGCACCGGUAACGGUAACGGUGCCUCGCCUUUCUUCCAAGAGUUUUCGUCCUGGGCCGGGGGCGGCGAGAUGCACCACCCCCUCCUGAACGGGGCCGGCAUGGCGGGGGGCUCCAGUAUCCACAGCUCUGGGAUCGGGGGCAGCGGCCACGGCACCCACUCCGCCGCCGCAGCCGCCGCCGCCAUCCGCCCGAGCAGCUACCACGACCACCACCGAAGGCGACACUCGGCCCAUCUGCAGUCCCCCACGCACCCACAUCAACACCGCCCGCAGCGGCGCAUGACGGUGGUGAACCAGCUCAUGGCUCAGGUAGAACUGGAGGAGCCGGACCCGCCGCAGAUGACUCCGAGGGAAAAGCGGGCGUGGGAUACCGCGCGGACGGCGGGGCUGAUGGACCGGGGCUGCCGCCUCGUCUGGGUUACGGCAACCACGAACGCCUUGCUGAACGGGUGGACGUACGACGGCGGCGGCGGCAGUGACAACGGCGGGUUCGGGUGGCCGGCCGGAGGGGCGGGGGGGGGGGCG